UAGACCUACACCCUACUCGGACAGAUGCAGAUGCUCCAGCUGACAGCAGCCCUGGUCUACUCUUUUUCAUUUUUGGAUAUGUUUGGACAACCAAGGUAAAGUCAUCAGCUGUCUGCUGGGGAUCAGCAUUGGGCUCCAUUUGAACCUUAAACCCACGGAAGCCUCAAAGUGACCGCGGACUGUGCAUGGAUGUGAGCGCGCGCUGAUGAGCGGGAGCAGGACGUUUGGAUAGAGAGACACGAGCUUUUUGCAUGCGACCAGUUUGCAGCACCGCUACACACACAAGCUGAUGCUUGCAGAAAAGUGACAUGCAAACAGGAAUGAAGUCGUAGAUGAGCUGCGGCUCCGACGCGCGCACAGAUCCUGCAGGUCCAGCGCGGUGGUCUGGUAAGAACUGAAAGAAAAUAUGAAAUCCAGGAGUCAGGACCAGAGUUUGUCUGACUCCAGAGAGCUGGACAGAUCGUACGACCCACUUACAGGUAAUCCACCAUCCAAACCCAAUAAAAAGACCUUAAAGCAGCGGUUCCUCAAACUUCUCCCCUGCUGUCGCUCUAGCUCCAGCUCUUCAAUUUCUCAAAGUAAUAUAACUGAUGAUGAUGAGCUGACGACGGUACGUUACCGACCGCAGAGGCUCGACCAUCUCGUACAUCAGACCAACUUCAGCAAGAAAGAGCUGCAGGUCCUCUACCGGGGAUUCAAAAAUGAGUGUCCCAGUGGUGCUGUGGAUGAACAGACUUUUAAAAGCAUCUAUUCCAAGUUCUUCCCUCAAGGAGAUUCAAGUAUGUAUGCACAUUUCCUGUUUGAAGCUUUUGACAUCCACAACAAUGGAUCGGUCAGCUUUGAGGACUUUGUCAUUAGUCUGUCCAUCAUCUUAAAAGGUUCCAUUACUGAUAAACUCAACUGGGCCUUUAAUCUGUACGAUCUUAACAAAGACGGCUGCAUCACCAGAGAGGAGAUGACAAACAUCAUGGACUCCAUUUAUGAUAUGAUGGGAAAGUAUACCGAUCCCUGCAUGAGGGAUAAUGCUCCCAAAGAGCACGUUGACAACUUCUUCCAGAAAAUGGACAAGAACAAUGACGGAGUGGUCACCAUCGAGGAGUUCUUGGAUACAUGCCAAAAGGAUGAAAGCAUCAUGCAGUCCAUGCACAUGUUUGACAAUGUGAUCUAAAGUGGACAUAGACAUAACAUUUCCCCUGCUGCCUGGAGUUCUUCUACAGUCAUUCUGCCCCAGCCAGAGUGGAACGGGGCUUCUGGGCCCUAAACAGAGUGGGGCAGGGUGCAAAGGGCAAUGUCCUGAAGAUAGCUAACCCCAAACCACCUUUUCUUGUGAAAUGUUUUAUUUUAUUAAACGUGUACAGGAAGGCAUCAAAA